AUGUCUUCACAACAACUUAACAUCGAUCGCUAUGUCGUGAUCCAUGUUGCGACUACCUGCGAUGAGCACGGCGUUUAUGUAACGAAGGACUCGGCCGAGGUUAUUGAGCUUGGUUGGAUCUUGGUUGACGCAACCACACUUGAGGAGAUCGCUGACUUGCCCUCAAACCCCCAGAUUACCCACGAGAGCGUCCUUGUUAAGCCUGUUAACACCCCCAUUACUCCCCUCUGCACGAGUCUGACAACUUUGACUUGGGAACAUGUUCGAAACGCUGGUACCUUUAGAGACGCUAUCACCCGAUUCGAUACAUUCGCUACCGAGUACUUGACCUCCAAGAACCUCGAUUUCGUCUUCGUUACUCUCGAUGCCUGGGAUCUCCGUGUUCAGCUUCCUCGUGAAGCUCGCGACAAGGCCGUCGUCCUCCCUCCUUACCUGCAGCAUUCGCGCACUUUCGAUCUCCGCACCGAAUACCAGCGCUGGCAGCAGCACCACCCUGAGUCUCUACCAUUCGGACCUUCGAUGCUCUCCAACAUUUGCGCCGCUCUUGAGGUCGAGCCCGUUCAGUCAAGUGCUCCCAUCAAGCACAACCUCCCAUUCCAUCUGCAGGCUCUUGCCCCCGCGUCUCCACGACGUGCGAUGGAGGAGGCUAUUACUCUUGCCCGGGUUCUCCAGGGUUUGAUCCGAAAGUCGCAGCCUUCUCAGGAGCACCCCGAUGUUUUAACCCGACCCAUGGAUGCCCGAGCCGAUGUUAGAGCUUUCCUCUCCGAGAGAAGCAAGGUGCUUCACAUGUCAGGCCUCCCCCAUGAUACUACUCAGUCCGAACUUGAGAGCUGGUUCACCCAGUUUGGUGGCCGCCCCAUCGCGUUCUGGACUCUUCGAACCCCUGAGCAGCACAAGCCUACCGGUACUGGAUUUGCUGUAUUUUCUUCCCACGAGGAGGCUGCCGAGAGUCUUUGUAUGAAUGGCCGUGCCCUUAAUGAGAAGGCCAUUGAAGUCUCGCCUUCGUCCAGCCGUGUUCUCGACCGUGCCCAAGACAUCCUGACUCCUUUCCCUCCCAGCAAGAACCGCCCUCGACCCGGUGAUUGGACCUGUCCUUCUUGCGGUUUCUCCAACUUCCAGCGUCGAACUGCCUGCUUCCGAUGUUCCUUCCCUGCUGUCGGCGCCGGUCCCUCGAACGAUAUGAGCGGUAACAACAACAACUAUGGAGGUGGUGGAUAUGGUUACGGACCCCCUGCUAUGAUGCCCCCUCCCCCUCAUGGCGGCCAUCACGGCCCUAUGGGUCAUGGCGGUGGCGGUCGCAUGGGCGGUAGUGGUGUGGUGCCGUUCCGAGCUGGUGACUGGAAAUGCGGUAACGAGGUAUGCGGUUACCACAACUUCGCGAAGAACGUUUGUUGUCUUCGCUGUGGAGCGAGCCGCGCAGGCGCUGCUGUCGUUGCAGACUCUGGAUACCCUUCCCCCAUGGACAAUGCCAAUGCCUCUCAAUACGGCAUGAACCAGGGGUCUAUGGGUGGCGCCCCUGGAUCUGGACCCUUCGGCGGCUCUGGUAGCUCGUUUGGUGGCUCUGGCGGUGGCUACAACCAACAGCAGCACUUUGGUGGCCCUCCCAGUCACUAUCUUCCCUCUGGUCUCGGCGGAGGUGCCGCAGCCUACCCCAGCUCGCUGAACACACACGGCAGCUUCGGAUCUGGCCCGGCGCACCCUGUUGGCCCCUUUGAUAGCCGAGCUGCUGAGGCUGCUUUCCAGUCGGCCACCAACGGACCUGCAUCCGGCGGCCCCUCCAACAAUUUCUACAACAACAAUGGCAACAACAACAACAACGGCGGCAAUGGCGAGAACGAUCCUUUCGCCUUCCUGUCCAGCGGUAUGGGCGGAUUGUCGGUUAGCGGUGACGGCCGCCAGAACGGUGGCCCUGCUCCCCCCAACAAGUCGCCUGCUUAA